CUCCCUUAACAACACCUUCAACAACAUCUCUCUCACUAUUAUCAACCCAUUUUUCAAAGCGAAAUGUUCUUCAGUAACCCUUCUUUGUUGUUUAUUGCAGCAGUCAGCAUCGCCACCUCUGGCUUAGUGCUUGGAUCACCCGUCCCAUCUCCUGACGCUAUCAUCAGUGGCCCUAAAUCUUACGAGGCAGCUACCGGUAACAACAUCGCAGCCGGAUACCAGGCUCCCCCUCCUGAAGUGCACGUCGUUCCGCGUACUUCGAAGAACGGGGCCACCAACACGGGAAGCCACAACUCCGGAAAAGACGGAAAAGGUUCUAACACUAAGGACAAUACGGGAGGAAAGGCGAAUACUUGCGACAAAUCCUCAACAGAGUAGCAAGCUAAGAAGAGGGAGUUUCAGAAGCGUCUUCAAGAUAUAAAGAGAAUGUAUUAGAAAUGAAAGUACAGGGUACGGUCAACUCGAAUACUGGCAUUGCUAGGCAAGA